AAAGUUUCCAACUAAUUAUUUGAAAUAAUUUCACAAUUGGUCCACUAUUUCAUUAUAAAUACCGACUGCAAUCUUCAAAAUCAGAAAGUUUGUGAUUUACUUUCAUAAAGAUCAUUACUGAAGUCGUACCGAAGCCUAUAAACAAAAAUAUGAAAGCUGCAUUUUGUUUGAUUGUUUGCUUGGCCGUUGCCUUAAGUUGCGUUUUGGCCUGUAAUCCUGAUGGCGAUGGCAAACCCGAAUGCAACUCUUCAAAUGUGAAUGUCAAACAACGCAAUUUCUGGGAUCCUACGCAUUAUUGGGAAUGCGAGAACGCCACCGGUGAACCAGAAAACAAGCGCUGUGAUGACGGUUUGUUAUUCAGCUCUGACAAAGCGGAUUGCAUACCACUGGGUGAAUGGGUUUGGACUCCUCCUUGUCCGGAAAAAGCUUAAAGAGAUUUUUCAAACCAAUGUGAGAUUUUAUUCAGAAAAAUAAAACUCUUCUCAGCAAAGAUA